UAGAGGGUGAACCCAAAGAAUCUGACGAUAUUUCGGAGGAAGACUCAGACUCAGACUGGGAUGAAGACUACGAAAGUGAAUUCAUAAUGGAUGAGGUAGGAACAGUUUUCUAGAGAGGCAAGUAAUAAUGUUUUGCAUGCAGAUGUGCAAGUACGACCCUCCUGAGUUCACUCUCUCCGCCUUCGAUGAGAUCGGUCGAGACGAAUCGACGAUUCCUGUGUUUAAGCAACGGUCAUACACUGGUGUAAAGGUCAUCCCCUCUGCUCUAGCCGACACACCCUGUGCCGAUCUUGGUGUUCGUGAAGUGUUCGACAAGCUCAACACGAUACUCGGCACUUCACGCAUUUUAUCCCCCAAAAUAUCUUCAGUUCUCAGAUCCUACAUCAAAAAAGAAUGCGAUUUUGGCACCGUAUACGCUCAUUUGCGUUUGUUCUGGUUCCACCCCGACGCCAGCGAAAAGAUGUGGCAGAGGUAUGAGGAGAAUGACCGGGAAAUGCGGAGAAAUGCGAUCGUCGGUGACAAGAUCACCAAGAGGGGCAUGCCCCCUCGGCGCCUCUGGGAUCUGUGUGCUAAUCGGGUGAUGCCAUACUGGAUUGCUCCGCGUGUGUUCACAGACUGGUAUGCGAUAUCGCAUGCGUGGGUGUCUGACGACGAGCGCACGAAUGUGAUGUCACCCAUCAAUGGAUACGAGUGGCCUGUGCCUAUGCCGAAAGAUGCCGACCUUAAUCUCAUUCGCAUCGAGAUGUUGAAUUUUAGAGCAAAGAUUGAGUAUGCGUGGCUGGACGUUCUGUGUUUACGGCAGAAGUAUGCGAUUAGGGAGGAUCAUCAUAAAGAGGAGGAUGUUCGUAAAGAAGCUCUGCGCUUGGAGGAGUGGAAGUUGGAUGUCCCCACCAUUGGAGGGGUGUAUAUUCACCAGGAGCCUGAAGUGGUAUGCUACUUAAGCGGACUGGGUCUACCCCUGAAUUUCAAACUGGGCGAUUUUGACAGUGGCCGGUGUUGGUUCAAUCGAGCGUGGACUCUACAGGAGAUCCCACCUGCCUAUGAUCCACUUAUCGAGGAAAUACGAACAAGGGUCCAUGAACGACUGCAUUUUCUGCUCAGGGUACGAUCCAAUCGCGCGAUAUUCGACAUUCUGUCCGAGAUGCAGCAUCGGAUGGCAUCAUCACCUUUGGAUAAAGUUGCAGGUUUGAUACACAUUUUACGGGCAAAAUUUAUCCCGAUAUACGAUGAGAAUCAGUCCCCAGAGGAACUUUGGACAGCCAUCGUAGAUGUCUUGUCGCCAUCACUGCGAGCAGCGUUGUUCAUAUACUUUCCUGGACCUGGGAACGGAAACAGAUAUUGGCGACCAUCGUGGGAGCAGGUAAUGGUACACACGGUUCCGUGGCAUGGUUACUGGUCCAGAAUUGGGGAUGUUAAUAGGAUGGAGAAGAUGGAUUUCGACUGGCAUCAUGGAUUACGUGUCGGCUCAAUCUAUGUGUAUGGAUUGGCCAACCCAUUAGAGCGCCCUAGGCAGGGGAAGUUGUUCUUCGAGGAUUACAAGGGGGAAAGCUGUGUAUGCAAAAUCGUCGCUGACCACACAUACCCAAUACCCGAUGACCGGUACGUAAUGAUAUCUGCGGCAUGUUGGUACCGGUGGGUAGUCGGGCGGCUAAGAAAUGAUGGGAAGUUUGAGAAAGUGGCAUUAAUCACUUUGGCACUGAACAAAGAAGCGGAGGAGCAUUGGCACCGGACACUCCGAGCUGAAAAAUUUGUUGCAACAGUUCUUUGUUAAUUUACUUGGGUUUACAGCGUGCUUUACACAAAUAUAAUUGCAGUGAGAUAGGAUUGUGAAUAGCGGUAGGACAUUAUUUAGUAACUACAGGAACUGACAGCCUGGGGUUUCUUUCCUAU